AUUAUGUUUAGGGUUAAAAGGAAAUUUUAAUUAAUUAAAGUGGGUAGGAGUACAAAAUAGAGCCGCCGCCGCCGAGGCGACACGGCACGGCAAUUUCGAAGCCCUCGUCGAGGGCCGUCGAAGACUCGUCAGUCCUCCUCAAGCUCCGUCGCCAUGGAAGCCUCCAAUUAUCCCGAUCCUCGCGCCCCUCGCCAGGAGCCAGCCGACGACGAUCACUUCCGCGUCAAGCGACGGGCCCUCGAGACUGUGCUCGAAAAUUGCAGGAUGGCCCUCGAAUUGCUCGAGAACCCCGAUCUGGACCCCGGCCCCUCCGUCCCGGUGGAUCAUGGAGAGCGCUCACCUCGGCAGUCGCAAUCUGCCACGGAUUCAGGGGCUGAUGAGCUAUGUUCCCUUCUCAAAUCGAAGGUAGAAUCACCGAACUUCCUAGAAAAGCUUGGAAAUAUCAGAUCUUCAGUUUCUCAAAGUAUUCAAGAUGAUACUGCAUCUUGGAACAUUAUUAAUGCCACAGACUCAUGGGAGGAUAAGCAUAUUGACGGGGAGAAUGGCUCAGAUGAAGAUUAUGUUCUUGUUAACCAAGAGGAUGUUGUUGACAGCAUAGCAAAUUUCAUGGCAGCUUACCUAUUAUCUCUGGAGAAAACUAAAGAAUUAACUCCCGAUCAACUUCAAGAAGUUCUUUGCAAAGCAUUUUCUGUAAAGAAAAGGAAGAGCAGACUUCGGAAGGCAUGGCAGGGAAGCCAAAUUAUUUACAACGUUGCCUCCUGGAGUGCCACUGCCAUAGGGAUUUACCAGAAUCCAGCAAUACUUGAGUCAGCCACUGCUGCCAUCUGGUCUUCUAGCAAUGCUAUAUCAAAGUUAUUUUGAGGCAAAUCUGGAUCAUGCAUAAGUUGAAAUUUGACACGAUAACAACACCUAUAAACACUCAAAAUGCUCUGAAAGAACAACGGGUAAUUCUUUUUCCCCGGUUUGCAUCUAAAUCCACCGUUUGCUAUGCGAUUAUUGUUUGUUGAAUGUACAGAAUCAGAUGCUGGUCCUCAUUUGCUUUUCUACUUCAUAAAAUGUUUUGUUCCAAACGCAAAUGUCUUAUAACACUUGCAGUAAAUAUGGCUGUAACUUAAUCGCUUCGACAUUUCCUGCC